CUGAAUAUGUGGUUCCCGGUUGCGAUCCAAGUACUUAAAAACCCUUAAAGGCGCCAAUUACAAACUUUCUUCAGCAGAAUGCAAUUACAAAUUGAGGAUAAAGAACUGUAUGUCAUCAUUUUGUCCCUUAUGGAGUGAUGACACUUUCGUGAGGUGCUACCGUACCUAUUUUAAUACCACGAAAAUGUCAUCUACUUCUCCGAGGCCAAAAGUUUAUCUCCACAACAGGCUGAAUGGGCUCUCUAUUUCUUUACCCAAUUCCAUUAUGUGGUCUCCUAUCUUCCUGGUUCUAAAAACGCCAAAGACAAUACAGUGUCUCACCAGUUUUCCUCCGAAUUUAGGAAAGAGAGUACUCCUAUGCCAGUCAAACCUGACGAAACAUUCUAGCAACCCAAAAAGAUAUAAAGGUCGGCCAUGGACAACAGUGAAGGAAGCUGAAACUCUGCUGCUUAUGAAUAAGGGAGAAGAUCUGAACAAUAUUAAUGCUACAGACAUGAAGGAAGAAGAGGAGACAGACGUGAGCGGUGAUGAGCAGUUUAAGGUGGACAUUCCUACAGGGAAAGAUCUGAUCUAUAUUAAUGCUAUAGACCUAAAGGUAAAAGAAGAGGAGACAGAUGUGAGCGGUGAUGAGCAGUAUAAAGAGGACAUUCCUACAGGGAAAGGUCUGAACUAUAUUAAUGCUAUAAAAGUAAAGAUAAAAGAAGAAGAGACAGAUGUGAGCGGUGAUGAGCAGUAUAAGGAGGACGUUUCUACAGGGGAAGGUCUGAUCUAUAUUAAUGCUAUAAAAGUAAAGGUAAAAGAAGAAGAGACAGAUGUGAGCGGUGAUGAGCAGUAUAAGGAGGACAUUCCUACAACAGAUGACUGUACCAGGAGACCAGAGGAGAAUCUUAUAUCUUCAUAUUAUAAAGCAGAUGAUGAUAUCACACAAGAUACAAAUGAAAAUCAGAGAAUCCACACAGGGGAGAAGCCAUUUUCAUGCUCAGAAUGUAGGAAAUGUUUUUCUCAAAGAAGAAAUCUUGUUGACCAUCAGAGAAAUCACACAGGACCGAAGCCAUUUUCCUGCUCGGAAUGCGGGAAAUGUUUUACUAUGAAAUCAAGGCUUGUUGCACAUCUGAGCAUCCACACAGCAGUCAAGCCAUUUUCAUGCCAAGAAUGUGGGAAAUGUUAUAAGCAGAAAGAAAAGCUUAUCCGCCAUCAUAAAAUUCACACAGGGGAAAAGCCGUUUUCAUGCUCAGAAUGUGAGAAAUGUUUUACUCAGAAAUCGAACCUUGUUGAACAUCAGAGAACUCACACAGGGGAGAAGCCAUUUUCAUGCAAAGAAUGUGGGAAAUCUUUUACUGUGAAAUCAAGUCUUGUUGAACAUCAAAAAACGCACACAGGAGAAAAACCAUUUUCAUGUCGCGAAUGUGGGAAAUUUUUUUCGCAAAGAAAAAACCUUGUUGAACAUGAGAGGCUUCACACAGGAGAGAAGCCAUUUCCCUGCUCGGAAUGUGGGAAAUGUUUUUCUCAAAAAAAAAAUCUUGUUGACCAUGAGAGGAUUCACACAGGAGAGAAGCCAUUUUCAUGCCCAUUUUGUGCGAAAUGUUUUAAUCAAAAAUCAACUCUAGGUAAACAUAAAAAAACUCACACAGGAGAGAAGCCAUUUUCAUGUUCAGAAUGUGAAAAAUGUUUUAGGGAAAAAACUGAUCUGAUUCGCCAUCAAAAAAUUCACACAGGUGAGAAGCCAUUUUCAUGCUUAGAAUGUGGAAAAGGUUUUUUGGUGAAAGCAAAGCUUGUUGAACAUCAAAGAACUCACACAGGGGAGAAGCCGUUUUCAUGCUCAGAAUGUGAGAAAUGUUUUAAUAUGAAAUCAAAGCUUGUUGCACAUCUAAAAACUCACAAAGGAGAGAAGCCAUUUUCAUGCCAAGAAUGUGGGAAAUGUUUUGCUGUUAAAUCACAUCUUGUUCUACAUCAGAGAACUCACACUGGGAAGAUGAUAUUUCUUUUACAGCUUUUAAAUCAAGGGAAUGAUCUGAGCUAUAUUAAUGCUUCAGACAGAAUGGUAAAAGAAGAGACAGAUGUGAUCAGUGAUGACCAGUAUAAGGAGGACAUUCCUGCAGGGAAAGAUUUGCUCUAUAUUAAUGCUACAGACAUAAAGGAAAAAGAGGCAGAUGUGAGGAGUGAUGAGCAGUAUAAAGAGGACAUUCCUACAGGGAAAGAUAUGAACACUAUUAUUGCUACAGACAUAAAGGAAGAAGAAGAGACAGAUAUGAGCAAUGAUGAGCAGUAUAAGGAGGACAUUCCUACAGGGAACGAUCUUUACUCUAUUAAUGCUCCAGGCAUAAGGGUAAAAGAAGAAGAAACAGAUUUGAGUGUUGAUGAGUAUUAUAAGGAGUAUAUUUCUACAGGGAAAGAUCUGAUCUAUAGUAAUGCUACAAACAUAAGGGUAAAAGAAGAAGACAAAACAGAUGUGAGCGGUGAUGAGCACUAUAUCAAGGACAUUCCUACAGGGAAAGAUCUUCUCUAUGCUACAGACAUAAAGGAAGAAGAGGAGACAGAUGUGAGCGGUGAUGAGCAGUAUAAGGAGGAAAUUCCUACAGGUUAUUGUCCAGCAGAUGACUGUACCAGGAGAUCAGAGGAGAAUCUUAUAUCUUCAUAUUAUAAAGCAGAUGAUGAUAUCACACAAGAUACAUAUGAAGAUCAGAAAAUCCACACAGGGGAGAAGACACUUUCCUGCCAAGAAUGUGGGAAAUGUUUUAUUUUCAAAUCGCAGCUUGAUAGACAUGUAAGAACUCACACGGGGGAGAAACCAUUUUCAUGUCAAGAAUGUGAGAAAUCAUUUAUUUUCAAGUCACAGCUUGAUAGACAUGUGAGAAUUCACACAGGGGAGAAGCCAUUUUCAUGUCAAGAAUGUGGCAAAUGUUUUACUAUGAAAUCAUAUCUUGUUGACCAUCAGAGAAUUCACACAGGGGAGAAGCCAUUUUCAUGCUCAGAAUGUGGGAAAUGUUUUACUAUGAAAUCACAUCUUGUACAACAUCAGAGAAUUCACACAGGGGAGAAGCCAUUUUCAUGCCAAGAAUGUGGGAAAUGUUUUAGUUUCAGAUCAAACCUUGAUAAACACUUGAGAACUCACACAGGUGAGAAGCCUUUUUCAUGUCAAGAAUGUGGAAAAACUUUUACUGUGAAAUCAUAUCUUGUUGACCAUCAGAGGAUUCACACAGGGGAGAAGCCAUUUUCAUGCUCAGAAUGUGGGAAAUGCUUUACUAUGAAAUCAAGGCUUGUUGCACAUCUGAGCAUCCACACAGGGGAGAAGCCAUUUUCAUGCCAAGAAUGUGGGAAGUGUUAUAGGCAGAAAGUAAAUCUUAUUCGCCAUCAAGAAAUUCACACUGGGGAGAAGCCAUUUUCAUGUUCACAAUGUGGGAAAUGUUUUACUUUGAAAUUAAGGCUUGUUGCACAUCUGAGGAUUCACACAGGAGAAAAGCCUUUUUCAUGCCAAGAAUGUGGGAAAUGUUUUGCUGUGAAAUCAAACCUUGUUGAACAUCAGAGAACUCACACAGGGGAGAAGCCAUUUUCAUGCCAAGAAUGUGGGAAAUGUUUUACUGUAAAAUCAAACCUUGUUGAACAUCAAAAAACUCACACAGGAGAAAAGCCAUUUUCAUGUCAAGAAUGUGGGAAAUGUUUUUCUCAAAGAAAAAAUCUUCUUGACCAUGAGAGGAUUCACACAGGAGAAAAGCCAUUUCUAUGCUUAGAAUGUGGCAAAUGUUUUAAUCAAAAAUCAGCUCUUGUUAAACAUCAAAAAACUCACACAGGAGAAAGGCCAUUUUCAUGCUCAGAAUGCGAAAAAUGUUUCAGGGAAAGAACAGAUUUGAUUCGCCAUCAAAGAAUUCACACAGGCGAGAAGCCAUUUUCAUGCUUAGAAUGUGGAAAAUGUUUUUUGGAGAAAGGAAAGCUUGUUGAACAUCACAGAACUCACACAGGGGAGAAGCCGUUUUCAUGCUCAGAAUGUGGGAAAUGUUUUUAUAUGAAAUCAAAGCUUGUUGAACAUCAGAGAAUUCACACAGGAGAGAAGCCUUUUUCAUGCCAAGAAUGUGGGAAAUGUUUUGCUGUGAAAUCACGUCUCGUUCUACAUCAUAGAACUCACACAGGGGAGAAGCCAUUUUCAUGCUCAGAAUGUGGGAAAUGUUUUACUCAGAAAACAACCCUUGUGGAACAUCAGAGAAUUCACACACGGAACAAGUUGUCAUAACCAGAAUGUGGGAAACGUUUUUAUCCACAAAUCACAUCUUCAUAAAUAACAAAAAAACUGGGGCAGUGAAGCAGACUUUUUUUUUUAUGAACUUUUAACUUCUUUUAUUGGCAAAUAAUACAGGAAAAUAAUUAACACAAUUGUUACAGUGAAGUCAUUUAGAGGAAUAAAUUAUGAUUGAAAAUGACUAAGAAUCUAACUAAAUCUAAGUUAUCUAGAAGCAAAAUAGGAGGAAAUUAACAUUUUCUUUAUACUUGUUUUUGCGCAGUGAACGUGUAUGGAUUUAGUUUUUUUGCAACUUUUCAUCUACCACACUUUUUAGUGUGGGUCUACUUUUUGGCAGAUGCAGUGGACGGUGAUUUUUGGGCAAAAUAUUUGCCCAAUUGGCCAUAUUUUUGUGCAGACACACACAAAGCCAAUAGUAUGUUAUUUGUUUGUUGUGUAUUUCGCACAUACUUAACGGGGUACUCCACUGCCCCAGUGUUCAGAACAUUUUGCUUCCAACACUGGGUGUGGGCUGUUGGGGGACUUGACGUCACGGCUCUCUC